AUGCGGCUGCUCAAGAUGAAGGACUCCAAAGACGCCCGUUCGGAGAGACAUCCCUUGGAAUCGGUCGCCAGCGAAGGUAUGGUUUGGCGGUGGAUGCCUUAUUCACCUGGCGGUCCGCCCUUGCACUCGCCUGGGGAGUUCUCCGUGCCAAUCGAUCAAGGCGAAGUGGAUGCCAUUUUGGAUGCUGCCGAGCAUGGUCGAGCUGUUCCUGUCUUCACCCAGCAGUCCACGAAGGUCACGAAGAAGUCCACGGACUUUUUGGCCAAGAAGGACCGAUCACAUCGAGCCUUCCAGAGUUCCACUGCAUUUCUGCUCCUUCGAGCUUGUUUGCCGUUUGGCAAAUUUGAAAGACUUGAGGAUGAAGGAAAUGCAUUCUUCAAGGCUGGUGACUUUGUCAAGGCCUGUUCGGCACAAUCAGCACAGUUGGAUUCUGAAUUCCGGUUUUCUUGGGAUUCUUCAAAAGCCUCAAGACCUUGA